AUGUCAUCCUCUUCGGAUAACAUCGGCUAUUCUAUUCGCAACAACGGCUCGUGUGCGAGUACAGAAGUUGACUGUGGCCAAACAUGGUCUCCAUUUCACGCAUGCUGCCCGAGUGGCACAUAUUGCCCAUCAGGACAAUCAAAUGUGAUCUGCUGUGACUCAGAUGCGGACUGUCUGGAUUAUUUCAAAGAUGAUCCACAUUGCGCAAAUAGCACUGCGAAUAUGUAUAAGGCAAACGGAUACUUCUGUUGUGCCGCAGGACUUUCGGCUUUCGAGUUAGAAAAUGGCUUCGUCGGCUGUACAGACGACAUAUCUGUUCUAGGGACCGGAACAAAAUUACUUGCCAUUACAUCUUCUGGCUCCACCUCUUCGACAGCAACUCCAACAACAUCUUCAUCAUCUACAACAACGCCUGCCUCGGCUGCCGCAAGCACAACUGAGGCGACAACAUCAACUUCUGCAUCAACCUCGCCUGCAUCAACCUCGCCUGCAUCAACGGCUAGUGAUGCUGUAAGCAACAAAGCUUCUUCGAGCUCAACCAAUACUGGCGCGAUUGCAGGUGGUGUCGUGGGUGGUGUUGCUGCCGUUGCCAUCAUCGCGGGGCUUCUUUGGUUUUUCCUACGUCGCCGAAAUCAAGAAAAGCAGCCCCCUGAGCUCGGUGAUUCAACUGCAUCUGGCCAAUUCCAAACAUCUACCACCGGUCCAUAUAACGCACCUGUUCAAGUCAGAGGGCCUCCUAUGACGGAGCUAGAUAGUAAUAAGGGUGCUGGAGCGGUUGAAUUACCUGGACAUGUGCAGUACGGGUAG